GUUGUUUGUUUCUCGCGAUGCUGGAAGAAAAGUCGGACGGCGGCCAGAAAGGGAAAAGCGCAGUGCCGCCCUGGAUAGAAGCCCGUUAGCUAAUCAUUUAGUCAGCAACCGUAAAGGCGGCGAGCAGAAAAAGUUUGGUUUCUUUUCUGAAGUUCAGCGAAAAAGCGAAGACUCGAAGCUGCUCUCCGUCCAACGCCCAAACGCAUCCUCCUCCUCCUUCUUCUUCGUCUUCCCGUCGCCAGUGAGCUUGCUUUUCAUUCAGCUCUUCUUGUAUUACUAGCCUCUAUACCUACCUAAUAGUAAAACUUUCAAAAUGGUCAAGCUCACCGAGGUCGAGGACGAGCACUUCAAGGAGAAGCCCGCCACAACCAAGAACGACGCCCUACUCCUGAGCGACGACGACGACGACUACACAGACACCGAGUCCGAGAUCUCAACCGACUCCUACGCCACUCUUGAAGAAGAAUCCCUCUAUGAACGCAUCGCCGCCCUCCAAGAUAUCAUUCCCCCAUCCUCCCGGCGGAAAAUCUCAAGCACAGUCUCCGCCAUCACCUCCUUCACAAAAUCAACCUUGUCCUUUGGCGGGAAGACGCUGUGGGUGGUGAGCACAAGUGCUUUCUUGCUGGGUGUGCCUUGGGCCCUCGCACUGGCCGAGGAGCAGCAAUAUGUCCAGAUGGAGAGGGAGCAGGGCAUGAUCAAGGGCGCUAACGAGAUGUUAACUCCCGGUGCCACGAGUGCCUUGACGCAAGGUCAGCAAGGCGCUCAGCCAGCCAUCUAAAUGGAUGGAACCAAACUCGUCCAAAUUGAACCAGAAGAAGACAAUUGAAUCGGACGACGGGAUGCAACCCCCAGUAUAGGUCUUAUCUCGCAUGCCGUUUGAGCCUGUGGUGGCUGGUUGUCUUCCCAACGAUGAAUUUGUUUUCUUUCAGACGGUUCCUGAAAUACGUGCCCAUGCCAAAAUACGCUAUCGAGGUCGUGGUGGAUCUCCUUAUGACCGUGCAAAAGAUACCACGUUCUCAAUCGGUUCUCCUAAGCCUAGCAGGGCAUUGAUGAAUAUGCCCACCAAUUGCUUUCCUCUUCCUCCGUUCUGCCGAACUCCCGCUACGACACGACCAGCCUUAUCCACUCUCUUCUCUCACAUUUCGAAAACCUGUAGUUUUAUCGCCCUGGGAUCUUUCUUUUAAUGCUAUCAUUUUCCAACGGAGGAUGCUGUAUGUGUAUAUAGUCAAUGGGAAUUUGGUUUAACUCAUA